UGAAGAUAACACCAAAAAGUCACACAUGCGAUGAAGGAAAAUUUUCGUAAUAAGCAACAUAACCUAAAAUGAAGUGUCAUUGGAACCGAUGAUUAGACUUACAAACUUUAAUAAUUAUAAAAAAUUAAACUUACAAGAAAAGGUUUCUACAAAAUGUUACAUUUCGGAUUUUUGUCGUCUCGAAUCAUAACACAAAAAUUACUUUUAUCAAAUAUAUCUCGAUAUUCAUCAGCAACUACAAUUGUAUUUAAAAACAACUCAGAUAAACCAGAUGAUUUGUCCACAAAACCAAUAGACCUUAAAACACCGAUAGCUUCAACGACAACAAACGUGCAGCAACAAGGAGAUAAAUCAACAAAUCUUGUAGCUGCUGCAUUUGCAUCUUUAAAGUCUGAAACAGUUCUAUCAUCAACAAAAAGCGGUGUAAAGCUAAGACGAAAAAAUGUUACUGAUGAUGUAAUCGAUAAUGCCACGACAGUUGAUGCUUUAUUAUUAAUUGCUGAAGCUCCGAUUGUAUCUCGAAGACAUGCACUUAAGGUGGUCUCCAAAUUGGCAGAUUGGUCAUCAUCAGGAAAAAUCACAAUAUCAGAUUUUGAAACAGAUGUUCGAUUUCAAAAAUUAUGUCGAAUUCUAGGUCGAACUGGAACGUUAAAUAAUAAAAAUACUAAAGUACAAAAUCGGACAGUUAAUGUUGGUGAUGAUUUAUCAACAGUUUUAGGUGUAACGGGUGACGAUGAAGCUGCUAAAUUAGUUGCAACCAUUUCAUUAUCACAAAUGGUGAAAGUUUUAUCGGCGCUAGCACAAAAACGUAGACGCUCGACACCAUUAUUAAGAUCGUUAGCGAAUAAUAUAACAAAUUCAAAUGAAUCGUUAGAUUUAAAACAAUGUGCAGAUGUGUUGUAUGCAGCUGCGGCUCUUACAUUUCCGGAAGUUUCUUUAUUGGAACGUGUGUGUACUGAUUUAACAGCUAAGUUACCUUUAAAUAAGGAUAGAAGUGCUGUUGUUGGAUCGAUUUUAACUAGUAUUGGUAUUUUAAGAUAUAAAAAUACAGCUGUUUUGGAUUUGAUAUCGGAAUGGAUCGUCAAACAUCAUGAUAUUUGCCGACCUCAAGAUACAUUUGCAUUAUUUUUAACACUGGCUAUGGUUUCAUAUCACCCAAGUAAUUCAGCAGAAUUGUAUAAGGUAAUAUUACCGCAAUUAAACAUUGCCGAUGCGGUAAAAUCAACCGUAUGGCUUGAUUUUGUAUGGUCAUUAAUUGUGUUAAAUAUUGCAACCGAAAAAGAUAUUGAAACUGCAUUAAAUCCAGAAUUUAUUAAACGGCUAAAAGAUGAAAAUUGUUUAACAAUUGCGUCAAAAAUAAAACUGUUAAAUAUUCAAGGAUAUGCAAACACAGUAUUUGAUAAAUAUACGGGACCAACAAUACCAGAAGAUUCGGAAAUAGCGACUGUAACAGUUGUACGAUCACGAGAAAAACAGGCUUUAGUUGCGGCAAUGUUAGACUCUCUAGGUAGUUUAUUACCAUCUACUACGUACUUAAAAAGUAAUGUAGAUACUGGAAUGGGGUUUAUUUUAGAUGGUGAAUGCUUAGUCGAUGGAAAAUGUAAUCCACUCCCAGUAUCAGAAAAAUCAGACAAAUCCGGAAUAAAAAUUGCAUUUAUGGCGUACGAUUAUCACGAUUUAUGUCGUGGAAAUCGGUUCGAAUUGAAUGGUAUGAAUAAUUUAGCAAAACGAUUGUUAGAAAAGAAAGGUUAUAACGUAAUUGGUGUAUCACAUACUGAAUUCAAUCCAAGAGAUAAACUAAUCCGACGUGUACAGUAUUUAGAAUCAUGUUUAAAAGAUGUUGUUAAACAACAUUCAUCGAAUUAAAAAAAAUUAUA